CCAUUAGGAUUACUAUCACUUUUGCAAGAGGAAUGUCUUGUACCAAAUGGUAACGAUCAAUCAUUGCUUGAAAAACUUCUCGCAGCAAAUGCUAAUAGUCCCGUGUUCACUCGUUCAAGACAGUCAGCGAGACAUACAACAGUAUCACAUUUUUCGAUAGCUCAUUAUGCUGGUAAUGUAGCAUACAAUAUUAAUGGUUGGGUUGAGAAGAAUAAAGAUGUGGUGGAAAGGAAUGGAUUGGAAGUACUUGCUGCCAGUACUAAACCUCUCCUACAAACUCUUUUCCCUUUAUUAGAAGAAGAAAAAUCACGAUCCAAACGUCAGUCGAUGUCAUCAAAUACUGUAUCAUAUUUAUAUAAGGAGCAAUUGUUAAAUUUACUAGAAACACUUAAAUCAACAAUGGCGCAUUUCAUUCGUUGCAUAGCACCAAAUAAAACAAGAUUACCAGGUGUUAUUGAUCCACAUCUUUUACUUCAACAAUUAAGAUGUAAUGGCGUAUUGGAAGGUAUUAGAAUAUGUCGUCAAGGAUAUCCUAAUCGAAUGCUAUUUGAUGAAUUUGUUGAACGAUAUCGCAUUUUGAUACCAAAUAUUGAUCUUGGAUUUGGACGAAUUGCUGUUCAACGUUUUUGUGAUAUUAUUGAUCUCGAUCCAGCAUGUGUACAAAUUGGAAAAACAAAAGUUUAUUGUAAAAUUGGUGUAAUUUCAGAACUAGAAAAUCGUCGCAAAAAUUAUUUGAAUUCAUUAAUCUCUGGAAUACAAGCAGCAAUACGAUGGUAUUUGGAACAACAACGUUAUGAACAAUUAUUUAGCAAUAGAGAAAGUAUUUUAAUCAUUCAAAAAAACAUUCGAUGUUUUAUUGAAACUUCCACAUGGAAUUGGUAUCGAUUGCUAUUGAUAGUAAAAGAACUUAUACCAUUGAAUAAAGAUAAAGCAAGAUUGGAAGAAUUGUUGAAAACGAACGAUGAGCUGACAAAGGAAUUGAGCAAUUUGCAAAGGAAUUAUGAAGGGAUUCAAAAACUAUUGGAUGAAGCGAAUAACAAAAUCAAAAGUCUUGAAGAUGAAAAGGAAUCACAUAUUUGGCGGAAUGCUGAAAUGAAGGAAGAACUGACGCGACAUGAAGAACUUAUGGAAAUAAUGGAGAAAAGAUUUGAUGAACAACAUGCUAAAGUUAUGUGCAAACUUAAUUGUGAACGAGAAUAUGAACUUCGACGAAAAAUCGAGAGUGAUUUGAAAAUGUGCGAAAGAGCAAAAAAAGAAAUGGAAUUAAAAAUGGAAUUAACAGAUAAGGAACGAGAAAAAGAAUCGAAUACAAUGCAAGAGUUAAAGGAACAAGUGAAAAAAUUGACAGAGCAUAAUAAUCAACAAGCAGAUGUAAUUACAGAUUUGCGACAAUCUGUUAUGGAACUAAAUGAAAAAAAUAACAAUUUUGAUGGUUUAAUGGCAACAGAGAAAAAAGCAAGGAAAAAAUUGGAAAACGAACGAGUUGAACAAGAACUUGAAUUGGAAAAAUUGAAAGAAAAUGCACAAAAAGCAAUGAUGAAAAUGGAAACGCUAAAAGAAAGUUGUCGUGAGAAAGAUAAAGAAAUUCGAAGAUUGGAAAAGAAACUGGAUCAAAUAACUGAGGAAUCGGAAACAAAUAUAGCUGAAAUGAAAAAGAUUCAUAAGCGAUCGAAGGACGAAUUACAGAAUCGUUUAGAUGAAUUAAAGAAAGCUUAUCAAAAAUUGGAAGCAGAAAAUAAGACGCAGAAAAUGAAACUUGAAUAUUCCGAAAAAGAACGAGAAUCUUCCGUCGAAUCAGAUUAUGUAUCCGGUGGUAGGCAAAGUCGUUUGGGUAGUCGACAGUACUCUUCCAGCUCAAUCGGAUCCAUCGGGUCAAUCCGUACAUUGAGCAGACGAACAGUUGAGCCAGAAAAUAAAUUCUCUUCCGGAUUUCGAAGUCCUUCCACAUUUUCAUUAAGUUAUUAUUCGGGUGAUCCAUACAAUCUCUCCAGGAGUUCGUCACAAAAUCAAUUUGCUAACGAACGAAAAAUUUCGCAGUUGGAAAGGCAAAUUAUUUCCGCGCACACCGAUGCACAAAUGAUGAAACGUGAAAUUGAAGUGUAUAAAUCAACCUUAGCAGAAAAUGAGAAAGAACGAGAUAUGCUAUCCCAAAAAGUUCGUACAUUAGAUAUUUCGGUAAAAGAAUUGGAACAAUCGUUGUCGGACGAAGUAAGGAAAAAUCAUGAAUAUGAAUUACGCUUGAAGAGAACUCAAAAUGAACUGGAACAUGUACGGGAUAAGUAUGAAAAAGCGGUAAAAGAUGGACAAACGGAAAUUCUAGAAGAAAGAAGAAAAAUGAGAUUGAAAAUGGAUGCUUUAUCACGGGCAAAUGAGAUGAAAAAACGAUAUACCAAAGAAGAACAAACAAUCGAAGAAUUACAAAAUGAACUUGCCAGCAAAACAUCACAACUUAAUCGAGUUUUGGCACAAGUCAAUCAUCUUGAAAAUAUUAACAAAUCACAGGGUGUUUAUGGAGAAACAUGGGAACAUCAAUAUCGGAUGGCGCUUACUGAACUGGAAUCAUUACGUGACGAAAAUGCAAGCUUAAAAACAAAAAUACGUCGCCAAUAUCGUGAAAUUGAACUUUUAAAGCAGCAGUCAGAAAUGGAGGCAGACGUUGCUAUGUUGGAAAAUAAAAUGGGAAUAUCUGGAACGAUUACAUCAACAACAACGACAAUAACGGAAAGUUCAGAUGAUAAAUAUGACUUGUAA